UCGGGCCCGUGGGCCCGAAGAAUCGCUGAGGCCACCCGCGACCGCGAUGACCAGCACUGGCCGAAAGUUGUUGCGUCGAAGCCCAUUGCAGUCACGGGGGCCGCGCAAGACUUCAUCGUCUCCAUUGGGCAACAUCUUCGCAGACCCCCGUCAGGAGCACGCUGUUUUUUCCAGAACCAGCAGAAGAACGGCGGCGGAGCAGAAAUUUGCGGACUUCGGGAAAGAGUCUCCUCUCUUUGGGGCGGUCAGUUCUCCACACGGCAGUUCCUUUCCAGGAUCAGAUGCACUGCUUUCGCGAGUUAAAAAUAAAGCAGUGUAUCUAGCACAAGAUUCCGAUCGGGAGAAAGCGUCAUCUUCCGCCUCUUCAAGUUUCCGUGCGUCAAGAAGUGACAGCAGUACUACGGUAAUGCGAGGACAAUUAGAGCAGGGCUUUGGUACCGCUGCAGCGGACAAGUUUGCAGCGGGAGCCGUGUCGACUACUCCACCCUUUUCGUCGUCUGCGUCGUCAUGUUCCAGUAGCAGCAGAGGGAGCAGAGACUUCUUCGGCGGUGCUGCGCGUGGUGCCGCUGCAGCAACCGAACCACGCUUGCUCCCAGGCGAAAGUAGAUCAAGCUGGACAUCAAACAGGGCAGGCGCUUGUGCACCGGCGAACGCGGGGGCUGCUCCGUCGCACGACGAAUAUUCCAGCAGAGUUGACGAGCUUUCCGGAAGUUGUUCCCGUUUUUCUAGUACCUCAGCAUCUGCUGCUUCUGCAUCGCAAUAUCCUCGAAAGCAGCAGUUCGUACGUGCGGCGGAACCAGAAGCAGCAUCAGCUGCCACGGGCGAUGCGACGUUUCUGGACGGUGCAAGAACGUGGGGUGAGUCGACAUCUUCUGCAGACCAUGCGUAUGGCUCAAAGCUGAAAGCUCCG